GAGCGCGCACAGGAGGCUUGACGUCACUGAGGCGCCCUGGCUCUCCUGAGCCGCUGCUACUGCUGGCGAAAAAGAUGGCAAAAUCAGAUACACAUAUACCGAGAAAUUAACCUAAAAUGACGGUUACCGCGGCCGCUUUCCACUUAACAGAGGAUUCAACAUCGAUACCGGUUUGAGCUCCACCUUGCAACGAGAAAGGUUGAUGCCAUCAUUUGUAACAGUGGACAGCUCCUGUUGGAAGAGGAGAGGCUGUUAGCAUUCCUGGAAGUGGAGAGAGUCAGACCUCUGUCGUAUCAUGAGCAUUGCGCCCACUGUCUCCAGCUGAAGCAAGACAGAGAAACAAUACUGCGGAAAAUCACAUCCGCAAAAUCUGCAAGGGUACACACAGAUACGUGAGCAUCAGUUCGCCGUUAGUUCUUAUAUUUAGUAAAAGAUGUACGGUAGUGCCCGCUCUGUUGGCAGAGGGGAUGCCAACCAUAGUGGAGGAAGAGAUGGAGGUGGCGCUGGUAAUCAGGGAUCUGGUCGUUCCCCUCGCCUUCCCCGUUCCCCCCGGAUGGGACACCGUCGUACCAACAGCACCGGAGGCAGUGGAGGGGGUCCUGGAGGAGCAGGAGGCAAGACGCUCUCCAUGGAGAACAUCCAGUCUCUCAACGCAGCGUACGCCACCUCAGGACCAAUGUACCUGAGUGACAACGAGGUCGCCAUGGCGGGUGACCACCUUCCCAAAAGCGGUGGGACGGUGACGACCAUGGGGAGACAGAGGGUGACAUAUGGGUCACGAGGUAGCAGCAGUGGAGUUGUAGCCGCCAGCACUCCUAAUAUCUCAACCUCAGCGCCUGCAAACUCUGUGCUGCCAGCAGGCAUGAUGGCAGGUGAUGCUCUAGCUUUUGGGGACCACCACAUGGCAUCCACGGUGCCUCAUUCUCUAAGGCAGGCCAGAGACAACACCAUACUUGACCUGCAGGCACAACUUAAAGAGGUUCUGCGUGAGAAUGAGAUCUUGCGGCGAGAAGUGGAAGUUAAGGAGAGCAAACUCAGUUCCUCCAUGAAUUCUAUCAAGACCUUCUGGAGCCCGGAAUUAAAAAAGGAGCGAGCUCUGAGAAAAGACGAGGUUUCUAAGAUCACUGUCUGGAAGGAACAGUACCGUGUUAUUCAAGAUGAAGCACAGCAUCUCCAGAUGACUGUUCAGGCUCUCCAGGAUGAACUGAGGAUCCAGAGGGACCUGAACCAGCUGCUCCAGCAAGAUCCGGCCAGCCAAGGAAGAGACCUUGCCCUGACAUCUGAACCUACAGAGGAGAACUACAGGCGAUUACAUGGCGAACAUGAGAGGCAGGCCAAAGAGCUCUUCCUUCUUAGGAAGACCUUGGAAGAGAUGGAGCUCAGGAUUGACACACAGAAGCAAACCCUGGGAGCCCGAGACGAGUCCAUCAAGAAACUUCUGGAGAUGCUGCAGAGCAAAGGACCAUCUGCAAAGGCAUCAGAGGAGGACCAGGAAAGGACGAGGAGGCUGGCUGAUGCAGAGAUGCACAGGCAUCACCUUGAGAGUUUACUGGACCAGAGAGACAGAGAGAUUACUGCACUAAGAGAGGAGCUGCACCGUCGUUACGAAGGAACCCCUGAAUCCACCAAAACCAAGGCUUUACAAACUGUCAUCGACAUGAAAGAUGCAAAAAUCAACUCAAUGGAGCGGAGCCUCAGGGACAUGGAGGAGGAGCUGCUAAUGAUGAAAUCCAAUGGACUUCUGAGCUGUGAGGAGCGUCAAGAGGAGAUGAAGCAGAUGGAGGUGUACCGCAGUCACACCAAGUUUAUGAAGAACAAGAUGGAGCAGGUGAAGCAGGACCUCUCCAGGAAGGACACUGAGCUGCUCGGUUUGCAGACUAAGCUGGAGACAUUAACCAACCAGUUCUCUGAUAGCAAACAACACAUUGAAGUCCUCAAGGAAUCCCUCACCGCCAAGGAGCAGCGCGCUGCCAUCUUACAGACAGAGGUGGAUGCUUUGCGCCUGCGCUUGGAAGAGAAGGAGGCAACUCUGAAUAAGAAGAGCAAGCAGAUACAAGAAAUGUCAGAGGAGAAGGGAACUCUUAAUGGGGAAAUUCACGACCUCAAGGACAUGCUGGAGGUUAAGGAGCGCAAAGUUAAUGUGCUGCAGAAGAAGAUUGAGAACCUGCAGGAGCAGCUGAGGGACAAGGAGAAGCAGAUGAGCAGCCUGAAGGAGAGAGUAAAGUCCUUGCAGGCAGACACCACCAACACUGACACCGCUCUCACAACACUGGAGGAGUCUCUUGCAGAAAAGGAGCGCAUCAUUGAGCGUCUAAAGGAGCAGCGAGACAGAGACGACCGGGAGAAGACUGAGGAACUUGACUGUACCAAGAAGGAACUAAAAGAGUUGAAGGAGAGACUGAGCUUACUGCAGGGAGACCUGUCAGACAGAGAGACAUCUCUGUUGGACCUGAAGGAGCAUGCAUCAUCUCUGGCCUCCUCAGGGCUGAAGAAAGACUCCAAACUCAAGAGCAUGGAGAUCACCUUGGAGCAGAAAAAGGAGGAGUGCCUCAAACUGGAGAACCAUCUUAAGAGAGCUCAGAAUGCAGCACUGGAAGCUCAAGCCAACACUGAGCUAGCUGAGCGCAUUAAGACCCUUGAGCAGGAAGUGGCCCGCCACAGAGAGGAUUCUGGGAAGGCACAGGCCGAGGUGGACCGCCUCCUCGAGAUACUUCGGGAAAUGGAGAAUGAGAAGAAUGACAAGGACAAAAAGAUCAAUGAGCUGGAGAGUUUGGCCUCCAGGCAAAUGAAGGACCAGUCGAAAAAAGUGGCGUCGCUGAAGCACAAGGAGCAAGUGGAGAAGAGCAGGAACGCUCGACUCAUGGAGGAGGCCAGGAAGAGGGAGGACAACAUGUCUGAGAGCUCCCAGCAGGUGAAGGACACUCUGCGUCAGAAGACCGAGCGCAUAGAGGAACUGGAGGAAGCCCUGAGAGAGAGCGUUCAAAUCACUGCUGAGCGAGAGAUGGUGCUCGCACAGGAGGAGGCUGCCAGGUCACUCCAGGAGAAACAGAAGCACUCACUCAAACCAAUGCAUGAGUCCAACCUCGCCCACUUAAAGUGGUCUAAGAUGGAGGAGCUGCUGGGGGCCAUGGAGAAGGUGAAGCAGGAGCUGGAGUCCAUGAGAGCCAAGCUGUCCUCCACCCAGCAGUCCCUGUGUGAGAAAGAAGCGCACCUCACAACCCUGCGAGCCGAACGCAGGAAACACCUGGAGGAGGUUCUGGAGAUGAAACAGGAGGCGCUGUUGGCCGCUAUCAGCGAGAAGGACGCUAACAUCGCACUGCUGGAGUUGUCCUCCUCUAAGAAGAAGAAGACCCAGGAUGAGGUCGCUCUGCUGAAGCGGGAGAAGGACAGGCUGGUCCAGCAGCUCAAGCAGCAGACUCAAAACAGGAUGAAGCUGAUGGCAGACAACUACGAGGACGACCAUCUGAAGACUGCACCUGAUCACACAAACCACAAACCCUCUCCAGAUCAGAUGAUACCCCCUCUUCUAGCCUUGUCCCAGAACCGCAGUAAGCUCAAACUCUACAUCGCCCACCUGACAGACCUCUGCCAUGACCGGGACCCCAGCAUCCUCAGCCAGCUCACGCCUCCACCACACUACCACCACAGCGACCCCGGCGACUGGGAGGAGGAGCUCCAGAAAAUGAGCGUGGAACAGUUGGAGCGGGAGCUGGAGGUGUGUGAGAAGGAGAGUGGAGAGCUGCAGGAGUACGCCAACUCUGUUCUCCAGCAGAUCGCAGACUACUGCCCCGAUAUCCUGGAGCAGGUUGUCAACGCUCUGGAGGAGUCAUGCUGACCACUCUGACCUCAGACAUAAACCCGGCUGAGCCCAGGUGCCCCUACCUCCACCCACAAGAGGCUCCUGGAAGGAAGAGAGAAAGCUGGGGGCGUUAUCUCAUCCCGCUGGGCUCUUCUUCUUCUUUGUCCCCCUCGUUUACCCUGCAACAAACUCUCAGGGCUCUGAGUGCUUUCCUGUCUCAUAAGUUGUUCCGAUUUCGGGCUGGCAAAAAAAUCGCGUUAGAGACGUUCACAUAGUCUGCACUGCAAGCCUUCCAGUUACAGUAGAAAGAGAAGAACUCAAGUACCAACCUCAUAGCAUGGUAGGCAGACAUUAUAGCACAGAGAAAGGCUACCAGAUUGAUAAAACUUCUGCACAAAGUCUUAGAGCGUACUGCCAACUUUCCUCUCUCUGGACAGCUUCAUUCAGCGCAGGAAUUUCCAGAUGAGGACCAGUUACCUCACCUCGCUUAUCUUUUUCCCCUCCUCACAAAUCUAGGGGUUCAUUUAUCUCAAACAUGGGACAGGAAAGCGCUCUUUGCCCUGGUGAAUUAGGGAGCUGCUACACCUAGAGGGGGCUGAGAGGAGCUGAGUUCAGUGGUUGUCAUGGAGCCAUGCAGACGCUUAUUUUGUAUUUUAGUCGGUGUUACCCAAGUAGUGACGCCUAUGAAACGCCACCUUUAACCAGCACGUUGUCUGAGCUGUGGGUUUGUCCGUGUAGCUAGGAUUAGGCUGUAGGUACGUCUGUGGCUGGGUCAUCGGCAUUAGAGGGGGAUCACGGCUCGACCUUGGGCGCAGAUCAAAGAUCAGAUUUUAGUCUCACAACAUGGAUGAGAGAGAGGACAAACAAAAAAAUGCUUUUAUUAAUGGUGACGUAUUAUUUCUAGAUGGUUUUGCACACAACGUCCACUUGUUUAUGAGGUAUGCAAUGUUUCUUUUGAGAACGUUCUAGUGGCCUUGGAGCAUGCACAGAGAUCAGUACUGGACCUAACGCAGGGAUGUUUAUUCCUCUGUAAAACUGGUGCUAAGGCAUGAUGUAAGAAUUUUUGAUCUGAUCAUCCAGUCUCAUCCAAAGUUUCUAUAGACGUUACUUAAAGCCCACCUGAUCUUUAGUUUCUAAAUCACUGAAGAAUACAAGCGAUAAACCCCUUUUCUCUUGUGCUUUUCAGAUUACAUUUAAAAAAAAAAAAAUACAAGCGAUGCCUCCGUUGUUGUAUUUUUUGAAAUCUUCAGGGCUGAGGUUUUUAAUUACUAAGUGCAUCUACAUUUACAGGAAAUGAAAGUCACUUUUCAGCAGAUUUUGACUUUUUAGAUCAGUUUGUAAAUAACGUGACAUUUAACACGUACAGUGACUGAAUAAAGGUAACUAAGUGGAAGGUGUUGUGCAUUCUUUAAAAAAAAAAAUCAGAAAAGUUUAAAGCAGUGCAGUUGUCUUUUGUGUAUAAUUUUGCCCUCGGGACAAAAUGUGUGUGUUUGACAGUACUGCCAUAACUUGCGGAAAGUCAUGUUCUAUAGAGAUAUAUAUAUAUAUAAAUAUAAUACAUAUAUAUAUAUGAAAUGUUUACUGUAUCGAUAUGCAUUGAAUGUUUGCACAGAAUCUUGAAGAGCGAACUGCUCUGAACAAAACGACCGUAAGUUAGUGUCCUCGGCAGAAACUGAGGAAAGAAGUGUCAAAAAAACUCGUGUCAAAAUAACGUGUGAACUACAAAUGUUUUCAAACCGUGACUGUGUGAUGGGAGAGUACUUUUCUUGCAUUUAUUUCUAAUUGUCAUUUUUUAUAUACUUUCACCAGAUGGUGAUGUAAAUGUAUUAUGCUGAGAUUCCAGUGUUGUCGCAUUUCUGUUUGUGAUUUUUGUUGGUUGAUGUCAAAGGCAGACUGACGGAUAAAAAUAAGCCUCCAACCAUCCUGGACCUCCCGCUGGUAUAAGAGGAACACGGUGUUGCACAACAGAGUAAAACUGCGUCAGUGUACAACUAAAAAUAGACGUUUUCUAGCAAACUUCCAACGUGUCGUAGAAUCGCAGACCGGCUCGGGAGGGUAUCUCGCAGAAAGCAAAACAUGGCGUUGGAGGAUGUUUUUGAGAUGCUUGUUUUUCUGCUUCUCGUCUGUCAAACCUCUCAGUGGAGAUUAUUUUCUUUCCAUUCCUUGUAGCCCGUCGCUGCUGGGUUCAGAGGAAAGCGUUUUAUUUCCCUUACUUUGGCCUGUGUGUCCCCGCCCUUGCCUUAACGUCCGGUCAUCUCUUUUUCUUGACUUCUUAUUGCGGAACACAGAGCUGAUUAAGGGGCUUCUGUCCACUUCAUGGUUUUCGUUUCUUUUUUUUGUUUGUUUUAUGCAUUUGUAUAAGAAAUGUACUGCCUUCUGUCUGUUCGUGUUAAGAAUCAAAAUGUGUAAAAAAGGAAGCAAAACAGACAUGUUUGUGAGUUAUUUGGAUUUUGUAUGUAUGUAAAUAAAUAAAUUAUAAGCCUC